CCUCAGCCCUGCAAGGGAUGCGCCUGCAGCGGGGAGAUCUCGGCGCAGCUCCUCGCGAGGCCGUCCUCGCCUUUCAGGGGCUGCGUGUGUGCACUGCAGCUGCGGCCGGGAGCCGCCUGCAGCCUGCGGCUCGGCACCGUCGCGCCACCAUGGCGGAGAAGGGCAUGGAUCCCGCCUGCGUCUCCAUCGCCCUGGAGGACACGGUGUGCCACGGCAGCCCCCCGGACGCCCCGCUGCUCACCACCCACCUGAAGAAGGUGGAGAACCACAUCACGGAGGCGCAGCGCUUCUCCCACCUCCCGAAACGCUCGGCCGUCAACAUCGAGUUCAUCGACCUGUCCUACUCCGUGCGCGAGGGCUCCUGGUGGAGGAAGAGAGGGUACAAAACUCUCCUCAAAUGCCUGUCGGGGAAGUUCUGCCAGCGGGAGCUCAUCGGGAUCAUGGGGCCCUCGGGUGCCGGCAAGUCCACGCUGAUGAACAUCCUGGCUGGCUACCGGGAAACGGGCAUGAAGGGGCAGAUCCUGGUGAACGGCCGCCCGCGGGACCUGCGCACCUUCCGCAAGAUGUCGUGCUACAUCAUGCAGGACGACAUGCUGCUGCCGCACCUCACCGUGCUCGAGGCCAUGAUGGUCUCCGCUAACCUGAAGCUGAGCGAGAAGCAGGAGGUGAAGAAGGAGCUGGUCAACGAGAUCCUGACGGCGCUGGGGCUGCUGGAGUGCUCCUACACCCGCACCAGCUCGCUCUCGGGGGGGCAGCGCAAGCGCCUGGCCAUCGCCCUGGAGCUGGUGAACAACCCCCCGGUGAUGUUCUUCGACGAGCCCACCAGCGGCUUGGACAGCGCCUCCUGCUUCCAGGUGGUGUCCCUGAUGCGCUCCCUGGCGCAGGGCGGCCGCACCAUCAUCUGCACCAUCCACCAGCCCAGCGCCAAGCUCUUCGAGAUGUUCGACAAGCUGUACAUCCUGAGCCAGGGCCAGUGCAUCUUCAAAGGCGUCGUGACCAACCUCAUCCCCUACCUGAAGGGCCUCGGCCUCCACUGCCCCACCUACCACAACCCCGCCGACUUCAUCAUCGAGGUGGCCUCGGGAGAGUACGGGGACCUCAACCCGGUCCUGUUCCGCGCCGUGCAGAACGGGAUGUGCACCAUGGCCGAGAAGAAGGGCAGCCCCGAAAAGGCCGACUCGUGCCCGGCGCACUGCGUGGCGGACGUGGACCACAUCGAGAGCCACACGUUCGCCACCAGCACCUCCACCCAGUUCUGCAUCCUCUUCAAGAGAACCUUCGUCUGCAUCCUGCGGGACACGGUGCUGACCCACCUGCGGUUCAUGUCCCACAUCUGCAUCGGGGUGCUGAUCGGGCUGCUCUACCUGCACAUCGGCAACGACGCGGGCAAAGUCUUCAACAACACCGGCUUCCUCUUCUUCUCCAUGCUCUUCCUCAUGUUCGCCGCGCUCAUGCCCACCAUCCUCACCUUUCCCCAGGAGAUGUCGGUGUUCCUGCGCGAGCACCUCAACUACUGGUACAGCCUGAAAGCCUACUACCUGGCCAAGACCAUGGCCGAUGUGCCCUUCCAGGUGAUCUGCCCCAUCGCCUACUGCAGCAUCGUGUACUGGAUGACGGGGCAGCCCCCCGAAGCCACGCGCUUCCUCCUCUUCUCCGCCCUGGCCACCGCCACGGCCCUGGUGGCUCAGUCCCUCGGGCUUCUCAUCGGAGCCGCCUCCACCUCGCUGCAGGUGGCCACCUUUGUGGGUCCCGUCACCGCCAUCCCCGUCCUGCUCUUCUCGGGCUUCUUCGUCAGCUUCAAGACCAUCCCCACCUACCUGCAGUGGAGCUCCUACGUCUCCUACGUCAGGUACGGCUUCGAGGGCGUCAUCCUCACCAUCUACGCCAUGGAGCGCGAGGACCUGGAGUGCCUGGAGGACUUCUGCCCUUUCCAAAAGCCCAUCAAGAUCCUGCAGGAGCUGGACGUGGAGGAGGCCAAGCUCUACCUGGACUUCCUCAUCCUGGGCAUCUUCUUCGUCAUCCUGCGGCUCCUGGCGUACCUGGUGCUCAGGUACAAGGUCAAGUCGGAGAGAUAAAGGGGCCGCGGGGCCCCGCUGCCGCUCCCAGGCCUGGCCUGGGGACAGACACAGCCGGACCCGGCGCCCCGGGGCCGUUUCGGUGGGUGCCAGCCAGGCCUGGCUCAGUCGAGAAGGGUUUUGAGACAUCUCGGAACUGUUUUAACCUUCCCACGCACUCCUCAUCGCCAACGUUUUGUACAGCCCUGGCGCCUGCCGCCCUCAUUUCCCCGGGGACUGCCGGACCCCACGGAGCUUGGGGCCCCUCCGGCCACCCUGCUCCUCUCCGAGGGGCACCGGGGACGAUCCCAAAGGGCCAAGGGGGCUGCUCCGUGCCAGGAGGGGACACCCGCGGAGCCACCACGAGCCCCCGGAGCACCAGGCUGGCAGCAUCAGCAUGGAGAGGAGCCCAAAGACUCAGCAGUUGCACAAGGCUUUCGUGUUUCCUGCCGCCCUAGCCGCAGAGAUUGCUGCAUCCCCUUUGCCUUUUGGCCUAGAUCUCCCCUCUUUUUAUUUUUUUCCUCUUUUUUUAAUUUUUAUUUUAGCCCUCCCUGCUGCCAGCCUGCAUGGAGAGGAAGGGGAGGCAGCGGGCAGAGGACGCGGGGCUCUUGUUCUGCUACAAACCCGGGGACCUGGCAGGGUCUGUGGGAUGGGGACGGUGCUCUCAGCCCUUUGGCAGCCUCCUCUUUGGUCCCGGUUGUCUUUGGGAUCCGAGCCAAGAGGAUAAAAGCAGCGGGACCCUGCUGGGGUAGGAGCGCACAGAAACAGGUCCCAGGAGCACUGGGGCUGGGGAGCAGGUGAGGUCUCGGCGCAGUUUGUGUGCAGCAGGUGAGCCUGGCGCUGGGAAAGGGCUUUGCACUUGGGCACUGGUGUCCGGAUGAGGUCCCUUUUUGGGUAAAGCCCCUUUUGGAUAAGGUCCCUUUUGGCAAGGGUCCCUGGCGGCUCCCCCAGAGGCACCCCUGGAGGAGGGAAGGCGUUUGGGCACCUCGCUGGCUCUCUGAAGGACACGGGGCUGUGCUGAUCCCACCGGGAACCCGCUGCUGGAGCACGGACACGGGAGGGCACAGCUCGACCCCAGGCACCCCACAAGCAGCAGGGGCCAGGCUGCAGCAAUAUCCUCGGGACUCUCCUUCGCUUCUCUUGGCUCGUCUUGGGACUGCUCCGCAGCGGGUGUGUGGAUGGCAGAUGCAGGGCUGGGUUUCCCCUGCCUGGACAGCACGGACACGAGGAGCUCGGAGCCACGAGGGGCUGGGAGCAGGACGCGCCCCCCGUGCUGAGCAUUUGGGUUUUCCCCAGGGGCUCUCGGCUGACUUCUCGCUGUCCCUUUGUGAAAUUCCCUCCGGUUCCUGCGUCCUCCUCCCCUGCUGACCCCGUGCCGUGCCCUGCGGGGAAGCCACAGGGGGUGGCGGAGCUGCAGGGCUGUCACCCAUCUCCAUCUCACUGUCUUGGGGCGUUUUUGGGACUGCUGCCCCCCUCCUGCCCUGCUCUUGGGGCUUGUUCAGCCUUGCCCCACACGGGCUGGGUGCUGCUGGGCUGAGGUUUUUCCCCUGGGUGUGGAUCCCGAGGCAGCCGGAGGUGCUGAUGGAGCAGCUUCACGCGGGCCCUGCCUCCUGCUGCUCCAAACACGGGGACCAGAGGGGUGAGGACCGGGGCUGGGGUGAGCUCUGGAGGGGGAGAACGGCUCCGUUGGGGGCUUUGGGGUGUGGGGAUGGGGGUCUUGAGGGGGUUCUGGGCUUGUCCUGAGCGCUGUGGCAGCAGCAAGGAUGCACUUUAUUAUCAGAGCAGGGGCAGGGCCGCGGGGACGCUUCUGGCUGCGGGCAUCCCCGCGGGCACCGCGGCCAGAUAAUCGCGAGGAGGGCGAUGGAGAAGAGCAGGCUUCUUCCCCUACACCCCCUCUCCCCUCCUGCGCCCCCCCCUGCCCCUGCCAUGCACUUUGAAGGGACGAGGCCACGGCUCAGGCUGUGGCUCUGGCUCCUGGGGAGCGCUGGU